AUGGGCGAUACCGCCGCUCCUCGUCAAUACGUGCCAUUGACGUGCCAUGGCCACUCGCGGCCCGUCCCUCACUUGAGCUUCUCUCCGCUGGAGAGAGAAGAGGUUUACUACAUGAUUUCCGCCUGCAAAGACGGUAAUCCCAUGCUCCGAGAUGGCCAGACGGGCGACUGGAUUGGCACCUUCCUCGGCCACAAGGGCGCAGUAUGGCAAGCGAGACUCAGCCCUGAUGCCACAACCGCUGCAACGGCCUCUGCAGAUUUUACCGCCAAGGUUUGGGACACUCACACGGGAGAGCUUCUCUAUAUCCUCCAGCACGAUCACAUUGUUCGUGCCAUUGCCUAUCCAUUUGACAAUUCUGGCAUGCUUGCGACUGGUGGCUUUGAAAAGAAACUCCGCAUCUUCGAUCUGCAAGACCAAAAACCAGCCGGCUCUCCUACAUCCCCAACGCCCAACCUCGUUACACCCGUCACCAUUGAGACGUCGCGAGCCUUCGAGAUCGGCGAAGGCACACAUAAAGAACCAAUCAAGUUCAUCGUCUGGGCUCAGGAUCCCAGUGUGAUCGUCACGGCUUCUGGCGACACUCUUCGAUGGUUCGACCUGCCCAGCAGGAGUUGUAUUCGCGAAGCGAAGUUAGAAGGAGAGAUCAAAUCCUGCGAGCUCGUGUCUCUUGCGCCGGCAUAUAGCGCCCCGACGGAUAUUGGCGGCGGUCUCCCCGUCAUGGCCGUUGCUGCUGGCAAAACGGCAUAUUUCUGGGGCGGUAUGAGGGCCGAGGACGAAUUGAAGCAGAUCAAACUCUCCCACGGAAUUGCGAGUGUCGGGCUCGACCUCAAAGGCAGAAAAUUUGUGGUUGGCGAAGAGCCAGGCACCUGGGCGCGCGUGUACGACUGGGAGGAUGGCAAAGAGCUUGACGUGCACAAGGGCCACCAUGGGCCCAUCUGGUCCAUCGCAUUCUCGCCAGAUGGAAAUCUCUAUGCAACUGGGUCGGAAGACGGUACGAUCAAGAUGUGGAAGAAUUGUGAAGGCUUCUACGGGCUUUGGAGAGGAGGCGUGUCAGGAAGCGGUACGGACUAG